ACUCCCAGCGUUCUCAUCUCUCUUCCUUCACCAUGAAGCUGAUGGACAAAUUCCAUUCACCUAAAAUCAAGAGGACACCAUCCAAGAAGGGAAAACCAGCUGAGGUGUUGGUGAAGAGUCCAGAGAAGCCCUUGAACAAGGAGGCAACAGACAGAUUUCUACCAGAGGGCUACCCUAUCCCCUUGGAUCUGGAGCAGCAGACAAUAGAAUUUAUGUCCACCAGUGCUGUGGCUUCCAGGUCUCAAAGGCAGAAGAACCUGAGCCGGUUGGAAGAGAAAGAGAAGGAAGUUGUCAGUGCCUUGCGCUACUUUAAGACCAUUGUGGACAAAAUGGCAAUUGAUAAGAAGGUACUGGAGAUGCUUCCGGGGUCAGCCAGCAAGGUGCUGGAGGCCAUUCUACCCCUGGUGCAAUCCGACCCGAGAAUUCCGCACAGCUCAGCCCUCUCCUCCUGCUAUAGCCGAGUAUACCAAAGUCUUGGCAACCUCAUUCGCUGGUCUGACCAAGUGAUGCUAGAAGGUGUGAACUCAGAAGAUAAAGAGAUGGUGACGACUGUGAAGGGGGUUAUCAAAGCCGUGUUGGACGGAGUGAAGGAGCUGGUCAGACUUACCAUCGAGAAACAGGCACAUCCUUCUCCAACAAGCCCAGUGAAGCCCAGCUCGCCUGCCUGCAAAACUGAGAGCCAGUCUGAGCUCCCACUGACAGAUCGAGAGAUGGAGAUUCUGAACAAUACAACUGGGAUGUCACAGUCGAAUGAGCUACUCCCCGACUCCACAGAUGAAGAGGUUGCACCUCCCAAGCCCCCUUUACCUGGUAUCCGGGUGGUUGAUAAUAGCCCACCACCAGCAUUGCCACCCAAGAAAAGACAGUCCGCUCCAUCCCCUACCCGAGUGGCUGUAGUGGCCCCCAUGAGUCGAGCUACUAGUGGCUCCAGUUUGCCUGUUGGAAUUAAUCGACAGGACUUUGACGUUGAUUGUUACGCACAGAGACGUCUGUCAGGAGGCAGCCAUUCAUAUGGCGGAGAGUCCCCUCGCCUGUCUCCCUGUAGCAGCAUAGGCAAGCUCAGCAAAUCGGAUGAGCAGCUGUCCUCUCUGGACAGGGAUAGCGGACAGUGCUCCCGCAAUACAAGCUGUGAAACACUAGAUCACUAUGAUCCUGACUAUGAAUUCCUCCAGCAAGACCUCUCUAAUGCAGACCAGUUACCUCAGCAAGUGGCCUGUAACCUUAGCCCGUUGCCAGAGUCCUUGGGGGAGUCUGGGUCUCCAUUUCUUGGCCAACCUUUCCAGCUGUCUUUUGGCAACUGUCCCCAGCCGGAAGAACACGUGACCCUGGGGCAACAGACAGACACACCGCCUGCUCUCCCAGAGAAGAAGCGAAGGAGUGCAGCCUCCCAGACCACGGACAGUUCUGGCUGUCGGGUGUCUUACGAGCGGCACCCUUCACAGUAUGACAAUAUCUCAGAGGAUGACCUGCAGAACCCAGCCUCAAUUCAGCCCAUCUCCUUCACACCCUUUGCUGCUGUUCACCCCUUUCAGCAAGGAGUUUCCUCAGCCUCUGUUGAGUUUGUGGGUGAUUUCACUGUUCCUGAUUCAGCUGGUGACCCAGAAAAACCACCUCCUCUACCGGAGAAGAAAAACAAACACAUGCUGGCCUACAUGCAGCUGCUCGAAGACUACUCAGAGCCCCAGCCUUCCAUGUUCUACCAGACGCCACAGAACGAGCACAUCUACCAGCAGAAGAACAAGCACCUGAUGGAAGUGUACGGCUUCAGUGACUCCUUCACCAGUGGAGACACCACACAGGAACUGGCCCCGCCGCCCGCCCUUCCCCCCAAACAGCGGCAGCUGGAAUCACCAGCUGUGAAAGAUGGACAUCCCAAAGAUCCCUCCUCGCUUGGCAGCGCACCUGGGAAGGAGAGCAGAGAAAGUGGUGAAAGAACGCCUAAGUCACCAGAUGCUCUGGAAUCAGUUCAGUCAGAGGAGGAAGUAGACGAGCUGUCCCUGAUUGACCACAAUGAAAUUAUGGCAAGGUUGACACUCAAGCAAGAGGGUGAUGAUGGACCGGACGUCCGUGGAGGCUCUGGGGACAUCUUACUGGUCCACGCUACUGAGACGGAUAGGAAAGACUUGGUGUUGUACUGUGAAGCCUUCUUGACCACGUACCGGACCUUCAUCACCCCGGAGGAGCUCAUCAAGAAACUGCAGUACAGAUACGAGAAGUUCUCUCCUUUCUCCGACUCGUUCAAGAACCGUGUCAGCAAGAACACAUUCUUUGUGCUGGUGAGAGUGGUGGAUGAGCUGUGCCUCGUGGAGUUGACAGAGGAGAUUCUGAAGCUGUUGAUGGAGCUGGUCUUUCGCUUGGUGUGCAAUGGAGAGCUGAGCCUGGCCCGCGUGCUCCGGAAGAACAUCCUGGACAAGGUGGACCAGAAGAAGUUGCUUAGGUGUGCCAACUCUGACCAGCCUUUGGCAGCCAGAGGAGUAGCAGCCAGGCCUGGAACCUUGCAUGACUUUCACAGCCAUGAAAUAGCGGAGCAGCUGACACUGCUAGAUGCUGAGCUCUUUUAUAAAAUAGAGAUCCCUGAGGUUUUGCUUUGGGCAAAAGAGCAAAAUGAAGAGAAGAGUCCGAAUCUGACCCAGUUCACUGAGCACUUCAACAACAUGUCCUACUGGGUCCGGUCAAUAAUCAUGUUACAGGAAAAGGCCCAGGACAGGGAACGGCUGCUCUUGAAGUUCAUCAAGAUCAUGAAGCACUUACGGAAGCUAAAUAACUUCAACUCCUACCUGGCCAUCCUCUCUGCACUGGACUCCGCACCCAUCCGCAGGCUGGAGUGGCAGAAGCAGACUUCAGAGGGCCUGGCGGAGUACUGUACUUUGAUUGACAGCUCGUCUUCCUUCCGUGCAUACCGAGCCGCCCUCUCAGAGGUGGAGCCUCCCUGCAUCCCAUACCUGGGGCUGAUCCUUCAGGAUCUCACCUUUGUGCACCUGGGAAACCCAGACUAUAUUGAUGGGAAAGUGAAUUUCUCCAAACGAUGGCAGCAGUUCAACAUCCUCGACAGCAUGCGGUGCUUCCAGCAGGCGCAUUAUGACAUCAGGAGAAAUGAUGACAUUGUAAACUUCUUCAAUGACUUCAGUGACCACCUGGCCGAAGAGGCCCUAUGGGAACUGUCUCUGAAAAUCAAACCCAGGAACAUAACGAGGAGAAAAACGGAUCGAGAAGAAAAAACCUAG